GUGGUGUUUUUAGUUUCAAGUUCAGCCCCUCAGAGCCCUGCAGCAGCAGUCAGCUAGCAUUGUGUAACGUCUUUGUCACCAGAUUUGCACGAACCUUCUGCAGUCAUGUUUGCUCGUUCUAUACGUGGAUCCAUGCUAAACAGAGGAACGUUUUUUGGAACUCUGGUUUUAAAUAAUAGUGCAAGGAUUAACCAGAGCUGUGCGAGGCCGUUUGCUUUGCAUACUCCAAACAGGGGGGAGCAGCUCCUUUCAAAGGGAUUCCUUUUCCAGCUGGCCCCAUAUAGAGGGCUGUCUGGAUCCCGUUUCAAUGUACCACCAAGUGCUGAAUUUGUUGCAAGACCCUCAGGGAUUGCUUCCAUGUUUAAGCUACCGAUCCAGGACUCACCUGUGGGACUUGACGCAGCUUUUGUGGGAGUCCCGAUUGACACUGGCACCUCCAAUCGCCCUGGAGCAAGGUUUGGACCUCGUCAGAUCAGAGCUGAAUCCUCCAUGAUGAGAGUUUACAAUGGCAGCACUCGUGCUGCACCCUACCAAUCUCUGAUGGUUGCAGACAUUGGGGAUGUGAAUGUCAACAUGUACGAUCUGAAAGACACCUGCAGACGAAUCAGAGAAGCCUACCAGAAGAUUGUUGCAGGCGGCUGUAUUCCAUUAACACUGGGUGGAGAUCAUACAAUAUCUUAUCCAAUUCUCCAGGCAGUUUCUGAGAAACACGGGCCGGUGGGACUAAUCCACGUGGACGCCCAUGCAGACACCAGCGACGUGGUCCUCGGAGAGAAGAUUGGUCACGGCACACCGUUCCGCCGCUGCGUGGAGGAGGGGCUCCUGGACUGUCAAAGAGUUGCCCAGAUCGGACUGCGAGGCUCGGCCUACUCAGCUGACGCAUACCAGUGGAACAGAGAACAGGGUUUCCGAGUGGUACAGGCGGAGGAGUGCUGGUGGAAGUCGUUGACCCCGCUGAUGACAGCAAUCCGAAAGCAGGUUGGCGAUGGCCCUGUGUAUCUCAGCUUUGACAUUGAUGCUCUGGAUCCUUCCUACGCACCCGGCACAGGCACUCCAGAGAUCGCAGGGCUCACUCCCAGUCAGGCUCUGGAAAUAAUCCGUGGAUGUCGUGGGAUGAACAUUGUCGGCUGUGAUCUAGUGGAGGUAUCUCCUCCCUACGACACCACAGAGCUUAAUACAGAUCUUGUGUAAACAGAGUCAAAGGCUUUUUCAUAGUCGAUGAAUCCCAAGCAAAGUGGUAGUUCGUACUCGUUGCUGGUUUGAUCACUUGCAGAACAACUUGAAGAUGAUCCAUUGUGCUAAAUCUACUCCUGAAUCCUGCUUGCUCAUUUGAUUGUGACGUGUCAAACUUAUCUUGCAGUAUGUUGGUAACACAGCCUUGACUGCUGCCAACCUGCUAUUUGAAAUGAUGUGCGUUCUUCCAAAGAUAAAAUACUUCUGAUCUUUCAAGCCAUCUUCAGAUUUCAGUUGUACAAACUUCUCUUCAGAAUUAUAACAUGUUAUAAGCAAACCUUAAAUAUAUAAAACCGGUACUUUAUCACAUUUCUGCAUAUCUACUGUUUUAGCUACUGAAAAAUAAUGAGGUGACUUUAUAGUAAGAAACUUUUACUGUAAUUUAAGAAACAAAAGUAUAAAACAUAUUUUAUAGUUAAAUAUUUUAGAGUUAAAUACUCAAAAAAUGAAUUUAAAGUUCCAGAUUACAUUACACCUGCUAUCUUCUUAAUGAAUAAAUACCAUGCAAAACCUUGUUACUAUGUUGAAAGGUAUACGGGAUGUGGCAUGACUGAUAAAGCCUCCUAGUUUGUUGAGUGCCUGAGCUCCCCGGAGUAGCUCCUCUUCUAACCCUGCCUCCCAUCACCAAUCCCUCCUCACUCCGACCUCUGAGAGAGGUCUGAGCUCCCCAGAGUAGCUCCUCUUCUAACCCUGCCUCCCAUCUUCACCAAUCCAAUAAUUCUGAGUGGUUCUUAUUGCCCUUAGGUUAACAUAGACCAGUCAGUAUUUGACUGUGUCCGGAAACUGCUCUUCAGUUCUAGUUCCAUUCAUUACAUACGUCUGACAGGCAAUUUGAACUGAAGAGGAGCUCCUGAACUCCUAGUCAGAGCUCCAGUGCCAGUACUAUAGUCACCGGCUCUAGAACAUAUCUCAGAGAAAAGUUUACUUUUAAAAAUCUACUUUAUUUUAGUUCUGGAACAUUGAUGCAACAUAUAUAAACCACAUCACGACCUAUGUAUUGCAUGAGAUAAAACAGAAAAAAAACUAAACAAAUUAUUUUAAUUAGUUAUCACACAUUCCAACAGUGCAAAACAUAAAAAUCUCUUCCAAAACCCAUUUAUAUUAUCCCAGCAAGAGGCCUUUACAUAUAAAACAAGCAUAACUGUUCUAAAUAUGAAUAUUAGAUCUGUAUAUAAACUUUUACACCUCUGCCCAUGUACUAAACUUUCCCUUUUUAUUUUAACCAGCAUCACAUCCCCAGACUCCUGGUGUACAAUCUAUAGUAGAAUUAGUUGUAUACUUUUCAUACACUAGGGAACCUCACAGUGGUGCAUUGUCUAUGAAGCUGCUGUUCUGUUUCUGAUUACAGCACAAUAAUUAGGCAUCUAAAAGGUGACCAAACAGCUAACAUGCAGUAACUGAGCAUUUAAGAGUCUGAAGCGAUGGUGAAUUAGGAAUCCAAUGCAUGCCAAAUCAUGAUGCAAAGCAGUUUAUCAAGGAAACAUGCAAAAGAAUUAGCACUGGCGAAAUGAUUCCUGUAAAUCUUAGCUCAUAAAAAUGACUGUUUGAUUAAACAUGUAUUUGAUUUUUGA